GGUGCGAGGGUCGCGGACGCGUCUCGUAGUGGGGGCGAUGGAGAACGGGCGUCGGGGGCGCAGCGCCUCCCGCGCGUCCUCCACCACCUCCUCCAGCCUCGAGGUGCGCUGCGCGUGCCAGUACUAUAGGAGCGACUCGCUGCUGCCGGAGCGGAGCGCACUCGCGACGGUGAGGCCGGCCCCGAGGCAGACAGCUAUCAGGAUGGUACAGACACCGCCGGCCGGCAGGAGACAGCCGGUACGAUGCGGGGAUCAUGACUACGAGCCCAUCGGCACUCCAGCUUUGCGGAUGGCGAUCUCCCAGAACUCGAUGUCAUCCCGACUAGCUGCUCCCGUGGUCAAGAUCACGGAUACGGAUAUGGUUCCGGUUGCUGACAGCGAUGACAGUAUCGAGGAUCGCUACCGCUUCAAGGAACGCGCUCAUAUUCUGGAGGGUGACGUCGUCCUGCCACUCGACGGAUGCAUCGAGGACCACGCGAUGCACAGUAGAAAUCUGGGUGACGAGACCGUCGAUACGUCGGCCGACGAGCUCGACGGCGUCCAGCAGGGAAAACUCAAUAUCGAUUCGCAAAAUUCCCUGACAGUGGCAAAUGAGUUGAGCACCAAUGUCGCGACCCCGAACAAUCAGGAGGAGCUGUCAAAGCCGGAGAAUGGCACUGGAUUCCAUGAGAAAUUUAAAAAUCAAGCUGGAAAAAUUCGUUCUCGGCUACGUAGUAUCCAAAAAUCCACUUUCUCCAUGCCCCACAGCCGACAAAAGGCAACGGAGACGACGUUGACGACGACGGUGCCUAAUGCCAAGCCACCAUCCUCACCCAGAAUGGAUCAAAAGGCCAGCAGGAUUGAGCGCUUUCGUAUGGCUCUUCCGGAAAGGCCGCGUUUCUCCCUCCCCGAUAAGUCCAAGUUCCAUUUGCCCGACAGAUCCAAGUUCCAUCUUCCCGAUAGAUCCAAAUUCCAUCUGCCAGAACGUCCGAAAUUUAAUUUGCCCGAUAAAUCGAAAUUUCAUAUUAAGAAGCCGAACAUUCAGUUGCCCAAGUCCUUGACACGCCCGCGAAGAACGGCCUCAGGACGAAUUUCACAGGAUGAGAGUCAGACACCGAAGGGAGAUUCUAAUACAACUUCGCGUCGCAACAUUUUUGACUUUUCGACGUAUCCACGUCCAAAAUUGUUCGAGCGUAAGUCCAAAGCCAAAGCCGACUACGUCACAUCAUCGCCGAAAGAAUCUCGAUCGCAGUCGACUGAAUCCUCGACGUUCCCGCGAUCAAAGAAAUCGUCAUUAUCGUUGAGUGAGCGCUGGGCUCAGAGAUUCGGCGACACGUCACGAUUUUUUCACGAUUCAUCGUCGAUCACGGAUGAAAAUAUCAUCGAUAGAUCAAAGCCCUGGCUGCAUCCGUCUUUUGAGAAGCCAAGAUUUUCGCUAAAACCUCAGACGUCGAAGGAUGACGGCGAGGAUGAUGACGAGGACAAUGAGGAAGAUGAUGAGGAGGGGGAGGAGGAGGAAGAUAAAUUGCCGUGGGAAAAUACAGAAAGGAGAACGUACGUAGUGGACGAUGAAGAUAUUCUGGAGGACGAAGAAGAAAAGAAUAUAUCACCUCAGGAUAACAUCCGGUCCAAGAAAGAGGAUUUUAUUUUCGGCAACCAACUCAUUAAAGAUCCAAGAGUGAGCGACGAGGAAUUAAUGAAUCGUAUUGGAAAUGAACAGCCAAAGAAAAAAGUUCGUCUGGUCGAGAGCGUCAAUGGAUCGAGCAUUGAUCCCGAUAUAGAAGACGAUACAGCGUAUCAUCAGCAAGAAGUGUUUGAUGUUGGAUUUCCACCGGUGGAUCCACGUGUUUUCGAUGCAAACCGAGAACAUUCCGAGGGUAUGUCGGAAGACGAAGACUGCUCAUCCAUCAGGUCGGACCGGGAGAUCCAACAGUCGAGCGGAAGUUCAUGCGAGCGACGCCGUCAUGGAGUUAUAGAAGAAAUAGACUCGGAUGAAUUCUUUUUAAGAGAAAAGGGCAUCAGUCAAGAAAAUAUGAGAUUCCACCUAAUCAGCGAAAUAAGGGACGCCCUGAGGCCACGUAACGCCUUGGCCGAUGAAAUACCACCCGAGCGGCCAAAACGCAUGCGAUCUUUCCGCAAACGGAAGGAAGAGUCUCUGGAAUCGCUCGAGGCGACGCCUCCUCCCGAGAGGCCAAAUCGAGAUCGCGCCUCGCUACGUCGUAGUCAGGAGUCCUUUGGACAGACGAGUCUUGAUCGAGUCAACAGCCUAUCGCGGCAUCGAAUCGUCUACCAAACGGAGACGCCUCCAACGCCUACGGACUAUGAGCACAGUAGCGAACCCCUCGACAACAUCGUCGUGCUCAAACCCGAGAGAAGAAAGUCCUCCAAGCACUCGAUCAAGAGCCAGAGCCAUACGGAGCUCCCGAUCGAGGAACAGAGUCUCAUGCUCAGCCCGAUGGUGCAGCAGCUUCCGCCGACCAUCCCUCGUCGUAGAAAACGACUGCGAAGGGACCAGUCAUCUGAUUUAAGCUUACGGACCAUUGACGGUGCAUUGUGCAAUGGUUACGGCAACGGCAACUCCUUCGAUCAGUCUCAUGAGAUGAUACCACCAACUCCGCCACCGACUCCGCCGCCCGAAUUUCCGGAGGAUAACGAGUCGUUGCAGGACCUCGAUAGUAUCGUACCGCCCGUGCCUCCGAAACGCACGCGCUCCAUCUCCAGGACAGCCUCUCUACCACCGGAGGACGACCGCACAUCCCACGGCGCAGAUUCGUUGCCGAAUGACUUUGGGUACGUUGACGAUGAUUUGCCGACGAUACCGAGGGACUCGUCGUCGCGCGAGCCCAGCUUGCCUGGCUACGCCGUCAUCGAGAAAAAGGAUAAGCCACCGAGGCCACCACCCCCCAGGAGAAAGCGGCAGCAGAAAUAUGCCACAGCUCCGAGGCCCACCAAAACCACUCCGCAGAGACCACAAAGAGCCUAUAGCACCCUAAGGCUUACCAAAUCUAACUCAAUAAGAAAAUCGAGUGAAUCGAUGCCAUUUAUCGAUCACGACUAUUCCCUGGAGAACGAUGACGAUUUUCAUAAGGACUUAUUGAGUGGCGAAGUUGUUGUCAAAAUGCAAGGUCGGCCAUUGCCUGCGCCACCUCGACCUCCCCGACAUCGUAAAGUUCGCAGGAGCCCGGUGCGGCAAAUCACUCCAGACUUCUCGGAAACCGUUGCCUCCACUCAAACAGAUCCACUGCCAGAUGAUCUUGUCAUCGAGGAAGAAAUUACCGCGGCUAAGCUCGUGGUCACACCCUCGAGAAGCGGCUCGACGAAGGUAUAUAUAAGCACCGAGAGGAUACCGAGUCCAACGGUAGGAAGUUACAGCAGUACAAGAAGUGCAACGCCCUUGAUGCCAACGAUUCCACCACUUCCGGAUGCAGUUCAGCAACAGAGGGAUACAAAUGAACCGCGAGCUAUGGACACGGGAGAGAGCCAGCAAAAAAUACCGUCCUCUGGUGAAUUUAAACGACUCGAUCCAUGCCAAUUAGAUCUUAUUCGUUCGGCCUUAUUUUCCACCGAGCAGCCACUUAAAAUCCCGAGCCUUGAAGUGACGGAUCUAAAAGUCGAUCGCCUAACCGUCUCGCAAAUAGAGGCAUACAAAGUCGUGGCCUCGGAGAUCGACGCCAUUGUAGUCUCCGCGACUGAGAUGUCGAACAAGGGCGAAGCCGAGGGCGGUGUUCAUCCCUCACUGCUUCAAGAACUUAUAUCCAUAAGAGAUCAAUUAGAAGCGGUAAUGGCGGCUCAAUCGCAGUCGCAAUCGCGUCCGCAGUCCGUAAUGGAGGACGCGUGCAUCGGCACCAGCAACGAGAGGAUCAACACCACGGAGGAAUCUGACGGUGAGGUCGAGAGGCGUCCCUUCGUAAGGGAAAGCUCGCCUUUGCUGAUCGUUGAGCCGCUGAGCAACGAGCAGGUGUCCACCGUAGAAAUGGGCCGAACCGUCUUACCGCAGUCGUCUUCUACCACUGACCUCACUGCCAUGGACGACGUCGAUGCGACUGUGACGUCGGCAUCCAAGUCAUUUAUCGAAAUGAAAAAAAAAAAAAAAUCAAUAUCUUAGAGGAUGGAAGAGCCAAUGGCGGCUGCGAUUGUAGCAACUUACGGGCAUCCGACUCGAGCAUCCGACAGGGCAACAUCCGAGCCGACGGCAGUCACGGGCGAUCGACCGGAGUUAAAUUCGAGAUCGAGAUCUACAUCGCCAAGUCGAAGUGUCCCCGGUGCCAUCAGACAAACAGCAUCACCGGUAAAGUCACUACCACCCGUGAUUUCCGUAACACCCGACAGUAUAAUUACACCGGCGACACUGGGCAACAACAGCAUGCCAAUCAAACACGUAACAUCCAACGAAGUCCAACCCCAACGUGCUGUUAUAUCGUACUCUUCCUCGGACGAGGGAGCAGCGCCAUCAUCGCCAUCAUCGCCAUCAUCGCAUCAUCCACCCCGCGAAAGCUCCCAACUCCCGUCGUCUUUGCCGACGGAUAUGUCCUCCCAAAGAUCAUCCACUCGUCACGCGAAAGAAUCCACCCAAUCAUCAAAGGCCCAAGACAAAAUCAUAGCCUUCCACACUUCACAAAUCCCCCCAGAAUUUUUCAGACUAGUCAAUCCGCCAUUAUUAUCGUCAGCCAUCACAACCGCACCACAACAGCGAUCCGUCGUAGAGGUAGAGCCGAGCGUUGCCGAAAUGAUUGGGCAAUUGUUCCGAGCGUUGAGUCUUGCUGGGACGCGCUCAUUCAGGCAUUUUGUCGAUUCUGUAGUUUCUAGAUUCGAAGGUCAGUCGGAUACAGCCAGAGGGGAGGAGAAAGUAAGGCGGAUCGAGUUAGCGAUGUGCGCCCUGCUGAUACUCAUAGCUGGCCUCAUCAUCUUCUGCAUCUGUACCCCGAGAUCCGUCACGCAUCAUCAUCAUUGGGACUACUUCAAUCCACCCAAGUGAUCGUUUGAUUGAGCAUCCUUAUAAAUUUGCGAGUGAACUUCCCACACAAUUCUACGUUUUUUACUUCAAUCCAUAUAUCUCAUCAAAUAAAAUAAUCAACUGCUACUAUUGUCACUC